AUGGCGGUCGUUAAAGCGGUCAAAUACACCGAGCACUUGAACCGGACCACGGCCGUGGCACGGCCAACGGAGUAUUCCGUCUCCGUCGGUGAAAACCCUUCUCCGCCGGAGGCGCCCGCGAGGACGGUGCGCAUCUCCGUCACCGACGCCGACGCCACCGACUCCUCCGGCGACGAGGAGGACAGCGUCGGCUCCGUCAGGCGACUGAGGGUGAGGAGGUUCAUCAGCGAGGUCAGGAUACAGCCCUGCCGCGGCGGAGAAAGCCGCCGCCUUCGUUCGCCGAGGAGGGCGGCGGCGUCGGCGGCGAGCGGAGGCGUCCGGAAGUACAUCGGCGUGCGGCGGAGGCCGUGGGGGAAGUGGGUUGCCGAGAUUCGGGACCCCCAGCGGCGCGUGCGGCUGUGGCUGGGGACCUACGAGACGGCGGAGGAGGCCGCCAUGGUGUACGACAGCGCGGCCGUGCAGCUGCGUGGUCCCCACGCGCCGACGAACUUCUCCGUCCCUUCGCCGGAGGGGCACAGCAAACGUUCCGUGAGGUACAACAACCCCGUCGGCCCGGCGUCGCCCAAGACGGUCCUCCGGUUCUUCUCGGCGCCUCAGUCCGAGGCUAAACCCGGAUCCGAACCGGUUUCCAAAUCCGGUACUGCCUUAUCAUCCUCCGGCUGUGACGACGCCGUUUUGAAGAAGGAGAAGGAGAAUCUCGAGGAGUUUGCGGGUUUUUCGAUGGGCGACGAUUCGUUUGGGGACUCGGAAAAACCAGUGGUCACACCAGUACCCGUACCCGACUUCUUUGACAAAACGGGUCCGACGGGCUCUGUUUUGGGGACCACUAGUCAUUGUGAUUGUUGGGACUGUGGGCCUAACGGGCCAAGAAUCGACCCGGAGUUAUGGGUCGGUGCAAGUGGAGGACCACUUUCAGGACUUGGGUGA